AUGGUGCAUGACACCCAGAUCGAGGUUAUGGCCCGCCGAACUGUUGCCACAUGGAUGCAGCAGGCCUUGCUGGAAAAGAACCAAAUGAUUGAACGGAUUGCAGGGCGAGCCGGACUACCAAUCGGGAACACUGAUGGGGUGAUCGUGUUCCAGGAGAACCAGACCGUCAUGGCAUAUUUCAAAGCCAAACGCAAAGAUGGCUCGGUGGGCAAGAGCAAGAAACCGCGAGAAGCAGUGGUGUUGUCCCUCCUGGAUGAAACCGUCCGAGUGCAGUUUGUCGGGAAUAAGCGCCGGCAUGAGAUACCGCUGAGCUGGGUGGUGAGUUCGACGCCUUUGCCGAAUCCGAAGCUGCUGUCAGAGGGUUGCUCUCCAGAGAGGCUCGCUCGGGGGAAGUUGGCCAUCACCCUAUUACGAUGUGAAAAGGCCAUCACAGGGCUGGUGAUGGAGACCCUCAGUGAGGAGGCGGAUAUGUUGGAAGAGCUUGGCAAUGGCGUGGAAGGGUGCAAGAGUCGGGGAGAUGCAGAAGGUGCUGAAAAGAUAAUGAAGGUGAUUCGAACAUUCUUGGAUCGCGAGCAGAUGGAGUUGGAUGAGGAACUGGCCAGAUGCCUUCCACAGUCUUUGGCCGACAUUCCUUCCGAUCCAGGGCACAAGCCUUUCCUGGACAAGCCACUCUACAACUUGCCAGAGGGCUAUGUUGACCCAAAGCUCUCGAAUGACAUCAUGAUGCUAGAUUCUGAUUUGACCAUUCCCAGCGCAGGUGCAGGGAACGGUUCAGAGGAGGCUGCGGACUGA